CCCGCUCUCCCAGCAGCCGCUACCGUCGCUGCCGCCGCCGCCGCUGCCCCGUGUCCCCGGUGGAGCCGCCGCCGCUGCCUCCGGGAGCUCGAUGCGGACGGAGCCUGGGCCGGGCCAUGGGGAUCCUCAGCAUCACGGAUCAGCCGCCCCUGGUCCAGGCCAUCUUUAGCCGGGAUGUGGAGGAAGUGCGCUCCCUCCUCUCGCAGAAGGAGAACAUCAACGUGCUGGACCAAGAGAGAAGAACCCCUCUGCAUGCUGCUGCAUAUGUAGGAGAUGUCCCCAUCCUCCAGUUGCUACUGCUGUCAGGUGCUAAUGUCAAUGCUAAGGACACACUGUGGCUGACCCCCCUACAUCGUGCUGCUGCCUCUAGGAAUGAGAAAGUACUGGGGCUGCUCCUAGCACAUUCCGCAGAUGUGAAUGCCCGGGACAAGCUAUGGCAGACACCACUGCAUGUGGCUGCUGCCAACCGGGCCACCAAAUGUGCUGAAGCCCUAGCCCCGCUGCUGAGCAGCCUCAACGUGGCCGAUCGAAGCGGGCGCAGUGCCUUGCACCAUGCCGUGCACAGUGGGCACCUGGAGAUGGUGAACCUGCUUCUGAACAAGGGGGCCAGUCUGAAUGUCUGUGACAAAAAGGAGCGACAGCCACUGCAUUGGGCAGCCUUUUUAGGGCAUUUGGAGGUCCUGAAGCUUUUGGUGGCACGGGGUGCAGAUCCUAGUUGCAAGGACCGGAAGGGUUAUGGGCUGCUCCACACAGCUGCUGCCAAUGGCCAGAUCGAUGUGGUCAAGCACCUGCUACGGCUGGGGGCUGAGAUCGAUGAGCCCAAUGCCUAUGGGAACACAGCUCUGCAUAUUGCCUGCUACCUGGGCCAGGAUGCUGUGGCCAAUGAGCUGGUGAACGCAGGCGCUAACGUCAACCAGCCCAAUGACAAAGGAUUUACUCCAUUACAUGUGGCUGCAGUCUCCACUAAUGGUGCACUCUGCUUGGAACUAUUGGUCAAUAACGGGGCAGAUGUCAAUUUCCAGAGCAAGGAGGGAAAGAGUCCCCUGCAUAUGGCAGCCAUUCAUGGGCGUUUCACCAGAUCUCAGAUCCUUAUCCAGAAUGGCAGUGAGAUUGACUGUGCUGACAAAUAUGGGAAUACACCAUUGCAUGUGGCUGCCCGCUACGGACACGAGCUGCUUAUCAGCACCCUUAUGACCAAUGGUGCUGAUACUGCCCGUCGAGGCAUCCAUGACAUGUUCCCCCUGCACUUAGCUGUUCUCUUUGGAUUCUCAGACUGUUGUCGUAAGCUUCUCUCCUCAGGUCAGCUGUACAGCAUUGUGUCUUCACUCAGCAAUGAACAUGUUCUCUCUGCUGGUUUUGACAUCAACACACCUGAUAACCUUGGCCGAACCUGUCUCCAUGCUGCUGCUUCUGGAGGGAAUGUUGAAUGUCUUAAUUUGCUGUUGAGCAGUGGAGCUGACUUGAGAAGGAGAGACAAAUUUGGAAGGACCCCAUUGCACUAUGCAGCCGCCAAUGGCAGCUACCAGUGUGCGGUGACGCUGGUGAAUGCUGGAGCGGGCAUCAAUGAGGCUGACUGUAAAGGCUGCUCCCCUCUGCACUAUGCUGCCGCUUCCGACACCUACCGGAGAGCGGAGCCGCAUGCAGCCACCAGCCAUGACCCUGAAGAGGACGAGCCACUGAAGGCAUCCCGGAGGAAGGAGGCCUUCUUCUGUCUGGAGUUUUUACUGGAUAACGGUGCAGACCCCUCCCUGCGGGACAGGCAGGGUUACACAGCCGUGCACUAUGCAGCCGCCUAUGGCAACAGACAGAACCUUGAGCUGCUCCUAGAAAUGUCUUUUAACUGCCUGGAAGAAGUGGAGAACACCAUUCCAGUCAGCCCUUUGCACUUAGCUGCCUAUAAUGGUCACUGUGAAGCACUGAAGACACUAGCAGAGACGCUGGUGAACCUGGACGUGAGGGACCACAAAGGCCGGACUGCACUGUUCCUGGCCACAGAACGGGGCUCCACCGAGUGUGUGGAGGUGCUCACGGCCCACGGAGCCUCUGCCCUGGUCAAGGAGCGCAAGCGGAAGUGGACACCCCUCCAUGCUGCCGCUGCUUCUGGUCACACAGACUCCCUGCACCUGCUGAUUGACAGUGGAGAUCGAGCUAAUAUCACUGAUGUCAUGGAUGCCCAUGGACAGACCCCACUAAUGUUGGCCAUCAUGAAUGGCCAUGUAGAUUGUGUGCAUCUCCUGCUGGAAAAGGGGUCAACGGCUGAUGCAGCUGAUCGCCGGGGUCGAACUGCCUUGCACCGUGGGGCGGUGACCGGCUGUGAGGACUGCCUGGCUGCCCUUCUGGACCAUGACGCCUUUGUACUCUGCCGAGAUUUUAAGGGCAGGACACCAAUCCACCUGGCCUCAGCCUGUGGCCACACGGCGGUCUUGAGGACCUUGUUACAAGCCGCCCUCUCCACAGAUCCCCUGGAUGCAGUAGUGGACUACAGCGGCUACUCUCCCAUGCACUGGGCCUCCUACACUGGACAUGAAGAUUGUCUGGAGUUGUUACUUGAACACAGCCCGUUCUCAUACCUGGAAGGAAACCCCUUCACUCCUUUGCACUGUGCAGUAAUCAACAACCAGGACAGCACCACCGAGAUGCUCCUGGGAGCGCUGGGGGCCAAGAUUGUGAAUAGCCGAGAUGCCAAAGGACGGACCCCCCUUCAUGCUGCUGCCUUCGCAGACAACGUCUCCGGGCUCCAGAUGCUGCUGAGGCACCAAGCUGAGGUGGAUGCCGUCGAUCAGGCUGGUAGAACGGCCCUCAUGACAGCAGCUGAGAACGGGCAAACUGCUGCUGUGGAGUUUCUGUUAUAUCAAGCAAAAGCAGACCUUACUGUGCUGGAUGGGAAUAAGAACACUGCCCUGCACCUGGCAUGCAGUAAGGGCCACGAAAAAUGUGCCCUGUUAAUUCUGGCGGAAACUCAAGACCUUGGCCUUAUCAAUGCCACCAACAGUGCACUGCAGAUGCCACUCCACAUCGCUGCCCGGAAUGGCCUGGCUUCUGUGGUGCAGGCGCUGCUCAGUCGUGGGGCCACAGUGCUGGCUGUAGAUGAAGAAGGUCACACUCCAGCCCUGGCCUGUGCGCCCAACAAAGAUGUGGCGGACUGUCUGGCCUUGAUCCUCUCCACCAUGAAGCCUUUCCCACCCAAGGACGCCGUCAGCCCCUUCGGCUUCAGCCUGCUCAAGAACUGUGGCAUCGCGGCUGCCAAGACGGUGGGCGGCUGUGGUGCCCUGCCCCACGGGGCCUCCUGCCCCUACAGCCAGGAACGGCACGGCGCCAUCGGCUUAGACGGCUGCUACUCAGAGUAGAUCCUCAGCUGGUCUCCCCACACCGGUGACCUGAUAUCUUAUUCUAUUUAUUUAGAAAAUGUCUAUAAAUAUAGGGCACUUUAAAGGAGAACACGACUUGGGUGAUGGGGGGGCUGGGAGUGGGGAGAAGUGAAGGGAGAAGGAGGGAGAGAGUCGGAGGAAAGCUGCUCACCCCUCUGCCACCCAAACUGAGCAGGGUAUUAGUGGGCUACCAGGGAGUCCCGGAUGCUCUUGGUGCCCCCAGGGCAGGCCCUUCUGCCAAGUUAUCUGAAGAAAUUACUAAAUGCCUGGCUCCCCUCCUCUCUGCCCAUCCUUGCCCCUUUUCUUCCCCCCUCCCAGCCCAGCCCCGUUCUGCUUUCCGCUCGACCCCUCUCUCCUCUCUCUGCCCCUGCUCUUCCUCUUCGGUCCUCUCUCGUUUCCCUGCCUCUGGAGCCAGGCAGAUUCCUGUCCCCCAUCCUUAUCACUGCCCUUCCUGCUCGGCUAGCCUCUCUACCCCCGAAGCAGUGAGAAGCCUUAAUUUCUGGUACUGUGUGAGCACUCUGGAGGUGUCCCCCCCCUCCCGGUAGGGGCAGCUGGGGGUGGGGGAAAGACUUAGCACUGAGGCCUGGAGCUUCCUCCUCUCCCCUCCAGUCUCCCCCGUCAUCCCCCCUCCAAUUCAAAUGCAAAACACUUGAAGCAACAACUACUGUACCUGGGACUCUAAAACCUGCUCCCUCCUCUCCCCACUUCCUCAUAUGCAAAUCAAGGGCCGGCUCUGCCCCUUCUCCCCCCAGCUUGGCCCUUCUCGGCCCCCUCACCGUGCACUUUAACCUCGCUGCUUCAUUUGAACUUCCUCGGGGAGGCGGCGUCUCGGGCUCCUUCCUCCUCGGCUCGUCAUGAAUUUUUAAGUAAGCAUUUACCCUUUAGUGGAAGAGACAAAUGAAUUUCCUGCCCAUUUCAAAGCCAGGCCCUCUUGUAUUCUCUGUGCUUGUGCUUGUAUGUGUGUGUGGAAGGAGGGCCAUCCCCACCCAUAGUUCCUCUGGGUCUCCCUCAUUGCCUCUACCAUCCCCUCCUGUCCAAGAACACCCCCACCCCCAAUCACUGCUGAUCUGAAGCCAAAGAUGGUGGGAGGGGCAGGGGCAGAUAAGAGACCGUCCGAAGCCUCCUCCAGAGCUAGGGCCCUUGGCUCAGGAGCGGGAAGGUAGACCAGAAUCCCUGACUCCCAGUGACUGGGGGUGUGUGGGGAGGGCCGGGGGUUGUACCAACAGGAUUCCUAAAGCCCCACCCUAAACACCAAACUAGGCAAGGUGAGGGGGGCCAAUUUUUCUCUAAAUGUAGCAUUGAAUUUGGCCCUGGUCCCCUUAAAUGCCCUUCCAAAAUAUUCCCCUGACCCCCUUCCAUGCAGCACCCCCUUCCUCACACGCAAUACCUCAGCCAGGAGCCAAGACACAUAACUUGAACAGAGGCCAUACCCUUUCCCCUCCCUCAGUCUCCCUCAGUUGCCAUCAGUAUUGUUUCCUGAAAACUGGACUGGCCUCGUUUACAUAGUGCUUUUGUCCCCCGCCCCCGCCCCGCCCCCCAGAGAAACACGAGGGCCCCUGGCCCCCAGCCUUGCUUGCAUUCUUCACAAUUUGACUUCCUGUCCUGUUCUGGACUUAGUUCUGCCAUCUCUGCCUCCAGUGAUGUUGGGGCAUUAGGGGACAUCCCAGGCACCCCUUCCUCUCUAGAACCGCCCUCCCAUUCAUCCAGUUCUCUGUAGCUUGUCUGCAACCUCAUCUCUGCCAUUCCUCUUGGUCUUUCCGUUCCCCACUAUCUCUCUGUUCCCUCUCAUUCUCUUCACCUGCCCCCCAGUCACUGUUCUGAAACCAUUUCAAAGCUUCUAAAUGACCAUUUGUGGUGAGAAGGGUUGUGCAGCUUUUCGUUUUCGAUCCUGCUGAAGCCAAAGGGCCUUGUGCUGCCCCUAUCCCCGUGUCCUUCCCUAAAUGACAAUCAAUGUGACCUCUCUCUAAGGGCUGCAGCCCCCCCCCUCCCGCUGGCUUUUCCAAGUGCCCUCACCCACUCUGCUGACUCCCUUCUAAGCCUUCUCACUCUCCCUUCCCAUUCUCAUCUCGAUGCAGGCAGUUAGGUAGGAGGGGACAGCACAGGUUCUCCAGAGGAGCCCAUCCGUGUGUCAGCCGUGUUCUCCUUUAUCGAUGCUCAGCCAUGUCAGUGAGAAUCUGAGUGUUUGCAAAGCGCCCCGUUAUUUUGCUCAAAGAGAUUGCUGGUGGCUGCCCGGUCUUUGCCCCUUCAGCACAGUGUCACCAUUGCUGGGGGAGUAGGGGGAGCCCUUUGCGUCUCCUCCUGUCAUUGGUGAGGGGGUCAGAGGAUGAGCAGCCUCCUCUCCUUAUGCCAAAGGAAAUUCCCUGCCCCACCCUGGGCUCCUAAGCCCCCUGUUGUUUUUGAAGCGUCUUGUCCCAUACUCAUGGCCACUGCAUAUUUAUUUUAAUUUUCAGGGUUUUUUUUUUAAACCUUUUUGACUUAAACGGGUGUGGAGAAAUUAAACAAAGGCAGAAUGGCCCCCAGUCCUUCUCCAGGAAGGGGAGGGAGUAGACCUCUCUUUCUCCUUCCUUCCCUAGGCUCUCCUCCCUCCCCUCCCCCCCCAAAAGCUCUAAAGCACUUGCUUCAAGUAAUAAGCACUUUUGUGGAGAAGGCCUCUCUAAAGAGGUCAUGGAGAGCAGCCCCAGGGUCCCAGCCAAGAGCGCAAUGGAGGAGACAGACAGAUAGACAGACAAAUGAAGUUGGUAGGAAAAUGGAAAGACAGCCAAUGAGAGCCAGUUUUUCAUUUCUGAUUUGGGGGACAUUGGGCAGUUGGAGGGGGUGUGCCCUCUCCCCAAAAAGAAAGGCACAAAUUGUGGGUCCUGGUAGAACAGAUAGACCAGGGUCACUGCCACUUGUCCAGCUGAGACUGAUGGGGCUACCUCCCCCACCCUGCAACCCCCGAGCCAUAGGACUGCUGAAAACCACUGAAUGUACAGCCCAGGUGGGGGUGGGGGGCGGCCCAGAGGGGAAGGGCUUCUAUUCUUCUUGUUUGGUGCUGUGGGGGGUGGGGAGAUAACACUGAGGGACCCCCACCCCCAAUAAGACUUGUGUUUCUUGGGGUGGAAGAAUGGAGGAGGGCCCCCCCUUCCUUCAUCUCCCCCCAGGACCCUUUCCCUCUCUUCACCCCCUCCGUUUAGACUGUAAGUCCAGCUCACCUUUGCCUUCAAUAUGUAACCAAAGGAAAACUCAAUACUGUUUCCACCAAUGUCCGCCAAUGUUGCCCCACUGGACCGCCCAUAUGUUCCCUUGGCCUUGAAGGGGAAAUGAGGCUGUGAGGGCCAUGGGGAGUGCUCUGCAGAGCUCCAGCAUCUCCGCCAGAGUCCUUCAAGUGCUCCUGAGAGCUGGGCUGGAGAGCCGGACGGGGGCAAUUGGAGGGGAGAGGGUGAGUCUCUGCAUCUUCCGCACACAAGUGUCUCUGUUAACAACAAGCUCCGGCAGACCUCACGUUCCAGGAAGGAAGCCCUUCCCUCCUUUCCCCUCCUUGGCCAUCCCCAACCCCAGCCCCUAGUGUGUUCAUCCUCUCCCCCUUCCCUGAUUCCAGCAAAGGAAAAUAGCCUUACAGACAAUAGCCCAGGAGCCCCCCUUAGGGGGAAACAAUAGUUUGGGGACCUCCCCACCCCUGUCUUUUCAGAAUGGGGGGUUGGGGAGAAGAACAAAGCAGCCCCCUCCUCUGCCUGGUAAAAGUGGUUCCAGCCCUCUCCGUCCAAGGGGUCCUUAGCAUGGUCAGGUUGGCACUCCGCUGGUGAGCAAGGGUCAAGGCAACAAAUACUUGAGGUCCAAGCCCAGAGGUCUGAGAGGAGGGUCUGGCUUGUCUCCCCCAAACCCCUUCCUAGAGAAGUGACCAAACGCCAGACUUGGGGAGGGCUGGGAGUGGGGGGGUGCUGCUUUUUUAACUACUUGAAGGUACUAACUCCAAGGCUGCUGUUGCCCAUUUGUGUGAAGUGAUAGAAACUGUAGCUAACUAGCACUUGGGAGGAGGGCAUGUCAUAGUGAGGGUGGAUUCUUCCCAGUCCUGGUCCUCCCGCCCCCUCCCUUACCUUGGGCCUGAGCACUGGACUGCCCACCCUGAGCCUCCCUUCCCUAGGGAGCCGGCUCCCCCUCAUCCUGGGCACCAUCUCCAAUUGCACUAAAGUAGCUGUUGUGCCAGUCUUGCCCCCACUACAGGGUGGGGUCUCUGCUUCCAAUCCCUGCUCCCCACCCUCAGUCUCCUCAUUCCCUUGUCACACCUGGAUAUCUUGGCAUUGUGUAUGUGUCCAGGGCAAAGGGAGGGGGGAAUCUGGCUGGAGAGGGGUCAGUUAAUGAAGAUAGGAAAAGAGUGGAGAACAAAACCCUCCCUCGAGCCAUGGGGGCCCAGGGGUGAGGGUGCCUACCCUCAAUGCUAUGUGUCUUGCAGAUGUGCCAAAUUGGGGUGGGGGCAGGGACGAGGUGGUGCUGCUCUGCCAGCAGCCCCUUCCCCCAAGGUGGCGCUCUCAAAGCAAUACAGUUCCCCCUCCUUCCUGGGAGCCCAGCAAGACAGGGGAGAGGGAAGAAUGGGGGGCCCGACGACUUCCUCAUGUAUAGCUGUGUCCAUGGGGGCACAGGAGAGUGUUCUUUGUAUGGUGCCCACUGUGUGUCUGCUCCUCUCCCCUCAUGACCUGCAUGACCUGUGAUGCUGCAAACACCACCAUCCUGUGUGCAGGUGUGUUGGGGGGCAGAGGGGACGGACUGUGUCCCUUCCUCCCCCCAUCCCCACCCCGUGACCCAUGUACUCGGUUGUAGGAAGUAAAAAGAACUGAGCACAAUUCACUGGAUUCUAGUGGAAUCUUUCUCUAAGCAAUUGUCACACCUGCCUCUCCUCCCUGCCCCAAACCCACCCCGUGGUGCUAGUGUCGGAAUCGGGGAGGGGUCUGAGGGAGAGGAUGUAGAACUACUGGGCCAUAAGAACAAGUCUGGAUUCUACCUGGGAUGCAGACACCCAGAGUGCUGAGGGCAGCGUGGGGAGAGGGCGCUUAGCCCUGGGGUAAA